AGAAGGAGAGAAAUGUCAGGUAAACUUAAUCGUUCAUUUUAGUUCGAAAAGUUGAAUAAGUAUAUUUGGUCGAAUUUCUUUUUCUCUUGUUACGAUUUAUCCUCUUAUCAACUGUUUCUAAACUUUUAGUUACUUUGUGUUUUCUUCAAGUUUCAAUCGACUCUUUGAUCGUUGUCCCCGAAAUCAAGUGAACCCCUGCGAAAUUGGCUCCGUCCACUCACAAUGUCGUCGUCACGUAAAUCCAAGGGUAUCAAUGAGAUAACCUGGAAGUACGAUGAUACAAUCGUCAUGUCCGGAACUUCCGGUCGAUUCCCAGAGGCAGACAGUGUCGAAGAGCUCUGGAACAAUUUGAUGAAUUCAAUACCAAUGUAUUCAAAGGAUUCACGUCGUUGGCCAAUCAAAUUGAUUAACUUGCCACCAAAUACAGGUAAAAUUAAGGAUAUAAGUAAAUUUGAUGCCGAAAUGUUCAACAUCGAUCCUUCAUUGGCUCAUGACAUGGAUCCUCAGAUGCGUUUACUUCAUGAAGUCGUUUACGAGGCUCUUUGGGACGCAGGUCAUGAUCCAAAUGAUCUUCGAGGAUCUCGGACUGGAUUUUUCUUGGGUUCUUGUUACGACGACACAUUAGCAGGUUAUCGUGAAGACGAUUCUAAGCUUCGUCCAUACCAUUCAUUUGCUUCUCGUAUUUCAUAUGCAUACGAUUGGAGAGGUCCCGUUGUUUUGAUCGAUACCGCGUGUGCCUCGUCAUUUUCAUCAUUCGUUGAAGGUUUAUUGUCAAUUAAAUCAGGCGCCUGUGAUCGUUGUAUCAUCGCUGGAGUCGCAGUUCAACUUCGUCCCGCUAUCGCCAAUGCAUUUGCUCAAUUGAAAAUGUUAUCACCUGAUGGAACCUCAAAGUGCCUCGAUGCUUCAGCCGAUGGCUAUUGUCGUUCUGAGGCCGUAGUCGCCCUCUUAUUAGAAAGAGAGUCAGAUGCUAAAAGAAUCUACGGUAAAAUCCUUAAUUGUCGCACUAAUUGUGAUGGUUAUAAACAAGAAGGUAUAACUUUCCCCGGUUAUGAGACUCAGUACAAUUUACUCAAAGAGGUUUAUGAAGAGAUCGAUGUUGAUCCCGAGGAUAUUGAUUAUGUCGAAGCUCAUAUUACUGGUACUCAAGCUGGUGAUCCCGUUGAAUCAGCGGCCAUUGUUGGUACUUUGAGGCCAAAUAACUCAACUAAACCAAUAAUGUUCGGUUGCCUUAAAUCCUCAAUCGGUCAUUCUGAAGGAGCUUCAGCUCUUUGUUCAUUGGCAAAGGUCAGCAAGAUUAUGCAGGCAGGUUGCAUUCCCCCGAAUCUUAAUUACAAGUCACCUAAUCCUAACAUCAAGCAAUUAGUUGAUGGCAUAAUUAAGCCAGUGACACAGGUGACCCCGUUCAAAGAUGAAUACAUCGCGGUCAAUUCUUUCGGUUUCGGAGGUGUCAAUGUCCACGCUGUUAUUCAAGCAAAUUCUAAAAAUGUAAAUGAAGAAAGUUACAAUUUAACUGAACCAAUUGACCGUCUAAUCAACUCAUCUAACCGAACAGCCGAAGGGCUUAAUUUACUUUUUAAUUUCUUUGAGACCAACAGGAAGGAGGUUAACCGAGGGUUACUCCAAAUAGUUAACGACACUGCUAAAAUUAAACCUGAACAAGGAUUUAAAACUCGAGGUUAUGUUAUAUUAACUGCUGAUGGGAUCGCCAAACGGGUUGUUAAAGAUGUGCAACAAUCAAGGCCACUCUACUUCGCCUUAGGCUCUACUUUCGUUACUGAAUUGUCCAAAGAAUUGAUUGAAUUCCCUGUAAUUCAAACAUCAUUACAAAGCUCAGUUUCUUUGUUACGAGAAAAAGUUAAUUACGAUUUAGAAACACUUCUUACAACAAACAACAAUGAAGAUUCACUUGGACAAUCACUUAAAUCACUCGUGAUUCAAUUGGCUUUAAUUGAUUUAUUUAAACAUCUUGAUUUAACCCCUUCAGGCGUUUUUGGAGUCGACUAUAUUGGUGAACUAGUUGCCGCUUACUCAGAUGAGAUUAUCAACAAAAAUCAGGCUUUACUAUCAGGUUACUGGUUAUCCAAUUUAUCAGCAUCUACUAAUCAACGAACUGAUCAAAUGACAAGCAUAUUGGGCUCAUCAGUUGUUGGUAAAGCAAAUAAACUAAUUCAAUCAAAUGGAUUAACUGAAAUAACUGUUAACUAUUUGAUUGGUCGAUCAUCAACAACAACGACAAACGAAUCAAUCGAAUCAAUUAUGUCCAAAUUACCGAUUGACGCUGCAAUCGUUACACCAAGUAACUCAUUCGGUUUACCGUUAACAUCAAGUCAACUUGUUGUUCCGAUGAUUAAAUCAAAUUCGGAUGGAAACACAACUCAUUCCCUUUUAUCAGCAUUGGGUGAACUUUAUACAACUGGUCAGUACCCAAGGAUUGACCGUCUCUAUCCUUCAGUAUCUUACCCUGUUCCUCGAGAAACACCUCACAUCGGUCAUCUCCUCCGAUGGGACCAUUCGAAGACAUGGAAAGUUUGUAAAUACCCCGAAUAUUUUGAUUUCAUCCAAUCGAACAACAAUUAUUCAAUCGAAGCGAUGUCUCCCGAAUGGGCUUUCUUGGAGGGACAUUGUAUCGAUGGUCGCGUGCUGGUCCCUGCGACAUGCUACCUUUAUCUCGCUUGGCAUUAUCUUGGUCGACUUAAUGGUAUCCAUGGAAUCAACGUCCCAGUUGAAUUUCGUAAUGUUCGUUUCAUUCAGGCCACAUUGUUACCAAAAAGUGCACCAGUUACUUUUGGUGUUCACAUCAAUUUACAAACAAACGCUUUUCAAGUCACCGAUGGCGAUGCGAUUGUAGUUUCAGGAGAGAUUAAAAUCCCAUCCGGAGCGAUUCCAUUGUACCAAUCGAUGAUGACAACCAUUUCGUCCAAAUUGGACACGAAAGAUAAAAUCAGUUUGAAGACAAAAGAUAUUUACAAAGAACUUCGACUUCGAGGUUAUGAUUACGGACCAACUUUCCAAGGAUUAGUCGAUGCACUUUCCGAUGGAUCUCACGGCACCGUUAAAUUUUUGGAUCAUUGGGUAUCCUUUUCAGAUGCUCUUCUUCAAUGUGCCAUUCUUGCCAAAAAGCACCGUUACCUUUAUUUGCCAACAUUCAUUGAAUAUCUUCGAGUUGAUCCAACAAUUUUGUUUGCAUCAAUCGACGAGGCCAGAACUGGUUCGGGAGGCGAGGCUUGUAUGGAUGUCUAUUUCGACCAUCAAGCUAAGCUCGGUGUAACUUCGGGAAUGAUUCUGAAAGGUGCCAAGGCCACAUCAGUAUCGAGAAGGCAAAACAAUCAAUCGGUUCUUCUUGAAUCAUAUGAGUUCUCACCUUUCAAUCAAUCGCUUCAACCCAACUUGAAAUUGGAAAAAAAGAUUGGACAAUAUAUCGAAAUGUGUUCAAACACUUUACAACAAUUAACCAAACCCGUUGAAAAUUUUGACGAUUCAAAUAUCAAAAAAUACCUCGAAUCAACUAAAGGCGAUGAAGGAGCUUUACUCCAAUCACUUUAUCAAUCUCUAGAUUCAACUGAACAAACUGAUUCGUCUCCUGUUCAGCGAUUAUCUAAAUCAUUGGAAGCAAAUCGAGAACAAUUGUCCGGUGAUCUUUUAGUUUCACAAUCUUCUAUUAAUCAGCUGAUUCAAGAUCAAAUUGGCCUUGUUGUUGAAAAUUUACCUUCCAAAAGUAUCAUCAUCACUGAAAUUAACGAAACUUUUGCUUUACUUGCUGAAACAAUUUCUGAUUCAAUAUCGUCAUUGGGAAUUCGUGCAAAAGUUAAUUUAGUUCACCCUGAACCAGAAUCAGUGACAAUCUCUGCAUCUCAAGCCAGAAUCAUCCCUGGCUCAAUUGGAUCUGGACAUUUACCAGAAAUUGACACUUGUGAUUUAAUUAUUUACAAAGAUGUUCGAGUUCAACCCUUAGUUCAAACAUCCUCAUGCAAUCAGAAAGCUCCUGUUGGGCAAAUUUUGUCCUACUGUUCAAAUAACCUAAGAAAUGGUGGAUUUGCUUUACUUUGUUUCCGUCUUAAUAGUUACUCAAUCGAAGACACAAUCAGCUCAUUACUUGAUUUGCCUCAAGUUAAUUUAUCCAUAGACCAAAUCACUGAAGACGAAGCUGCUUCCGUCGGCUUACAGGUCAUUUCAACAACCAUGGGCUCUUCAGGACAAUUACAAUCAAUUUUGCUUCGUAAACCACCACAACCAACUAAUUAUGCUUCAUUAGUUGUAUCAACUAAUGACUUUAAAUGGGUUGAAAGUUUGAAAACAAUGUUACUCAGUGAAAUUGAACAAAAAGUUUGGUUAAUUGCUGACACAAACGAGCCAAUUAACGGAAUCCUUGGUAUGGUCAACUGUUUACGUCGAGAACCUCGAGGUGAUCAGAUUAGAUGUUUGUAUAAUAUAUCGCAAUCAGAUGAGACAAACAAUUUACAAUCAGCUCAAGAUCUUUUAUCUAAACGGCUAAUUGAAACUGAUUUAGUGAUUAAUGUCACUCAAAAUGGUAAAUUGGGCUCAUACCGUCAUCACAUUAUCGAUCCUGCUGAAACUCCGAUGACCCAAGCUAAACAUAUUUACUUGGAUGUCACUCAAAAAGGAGAUUUAUCUUCACUUCGGUGGCAUCAGUCACCUCAUGAUAUCUGGAAUCAAAUGCCUCCUCAUUUGGCCAAAAAAGGAACUGAAUUAGUAAAUAUUUACUAUUCAUCUCUGAAUUUCAAAGAUGUCAUGGUCGCGACUGGACGAAUUCCCUUGGACGCUUAUCCUGAAGACAUGAAACAAGAAUGUAUCAUUGGUAUGGAAUACGCUGGUAUCUGUGAAGAAUCAGGCAAAAGAGUCGCUGGAAUGUGUAACGUCAUGGGAACAGCGAGUUCUGUUGUCACCAAUCGUAAGGAAUCAUUCAUGAUCGAGGUGCCUUCGUCUUGGACACUGGAACAAGCGGCCACCGUCCCAGUGGUUUAUGCCACCGUUUAUUACGCUCUCUUUAUCCGAGGUAACCUUCGACCUGGAGAGAAAGUACUUAUUCAUGCUGGAACUGGAGGAGUUGGUCAAGCAGCUAUUUCAGUUUGUUUGGCUCGAGGUUGCGAAGUUUUCACCACAGUUGGUACUCAAGCUAAACGUGAAUUCAUCAAGAAAAUGUUCCCGCGAUUAGAUGACUCACAUAUUGGUGAUUCUCGAUCAACAUCUUUCGAAGAAUUAAUAAUGAAAGAAACAAAUGGUUAUGGUGUUGAUAUCGUUCUCAAUUCAUUAUCUGAGGAUAAAUUCAAAGCUUCUGUGAGGUGUCUCGCUGAAUUUGGACGUUUCCUUGAGAUCGGUAAAUACGAUAUCAUCCAAAACAAUCCUUUAGAGGAAACUGUUCUGGAAGGAAAUCGAACCUAUCAUGGAGUUUGUGUCGCUCAUUUACAACAAGACAGUUUUGUUUUCAAAACCCAAUCGGGAAUCCAAAUGAAUGAUACACUUUACUACAUGAUGGCUCGAGGUAUCGAAUCUGGGGAAGUUGUCCCAUUAUCACCCGUCGUUUUCCCUAUGGACCAGGCAGAAGAAGCUUUUCGUUUUAUGGCCAAUGGUCGACACAUGGGAAAAGUUCUGAUUAAAAUGAGAGAUGAGAGUGAAGAUGCUCGAACCUCAUCACGAUUAUUUUCUUGUAUCGCUCGAACUUAUUUCAGCCCAGAAAAGUCUUACAUCAUCACUGGAGGUCUUGGUGGUGUUGGUUUAGAAUUGGCGUCUUGGAUGGUCGAGAGAGGAGCCAUGAAUUUGGUUCUAACCUCACGAUCAGGUCCUCGAGAACCUUAUCAACAUUUCGUUCUUUCAAAACUUCGAUCAGACCCCGAUCGAUCAAUCGUAGUCUCCACCAACAAUGGACUGACUUAUGCUUCUGCCGCCGCUUUAAUUGAAGAAGCCACUGAUUUAGCUCCAGUCGGCGGUAUUUUCCAUCUUGCCAUGGUACUUGGUGACGCCAUCUUUGAAAAUCAAUCAGAGGAAACGUUUGAAAAAGUAUGUGGACCAAAAAUAAAGGCCACUCGUUACUUGGACUCACUUUCUCGAGCUACUUGUCCAUCUUUGGACUAUUUCGUCUGUUUCUCAUCAGUCGCUUCGGGUAAAGGUAAUCCAGGUCAAACCAAUUAUGGCUUCGGUAAUUCAUUUAUGGAGCGUAUUUGUGAAGAUCGUCGGGCCUCAGGUCAUCCAGGACUCGCCGUUCAAUGGGGAGCCAUUGGUGAUGUUGGUGUGGUCGCUGAAAACUUUGGAGGCAAUCAAGUUGUUCUGGGAGGAACAGUACCGCAGCGAAUUCCAUCUUGUCUCGAAGUUCUAGAUAAAUUCAUUCAAUCAGGUCACAUGGUGACUUCGUCAAUAGUUCUCGCCGACGCUAAAAAAGUAUCAGGAGCAUCGAAAGAAAAUCUUUUCCGAACCGUUUGUCACAUUAUCGGUGUCAAAGAUCCCGGUUCUUUGGAUCCGAAUGUCACAUUAUCCGAACUUGGUCUCGAUUCUUUGAUGGCCGUUGAAAUCAAACAAGGAUUAGAACGUGAUUAUGAUACAAUUUUAUCAACUCAAGAAAUUCGUAAUCUCAAAGUUAAAGAGAUUCAAGAUUUGGAAGAAAGGAUUUCGAAAAUCAAAGUUAAUUCCAAUAGUUCUGGUGGAGAUAAAACAUCAGAAACUCCGUUAUUUAAUCUCAAACCCCCUGAAAGCAUUUUCUACAAUAUCGUCGAAUGCACCGGUGUCCCGAUAUUCGUCUUCCCUCCAAUCGAAGGAGAUUUCAACCUUUUAAUUCCAAUUCUUAGUGAACUUGAUCGUCCAGUUCUCGGUAUAAACUGGACUCGCGAUUUAGAUCAAUUUGAAACUCUAGAGCAAAUCGGUGCCUAUUAUUCAGCUAAAAUCAGAGAAAAAGCACCAAAUCAAAACGGUUUCGAUUUUAUCGGUUACUCUUUCGGAGGAUUAGUGGCCUUCGAAGUCGCUAUUCAACUACAACAAGUAAUGGGUAAAGAAUGUAUUCGACAAUUGAUUCUUCUCGAUUCAGCCCCUGAUUUCUUGAAAGCCGCUUGUUCCGAGUUAGUCAAACGAAAUCAAAUCGUUUCAGAAGACGAAGCUCAUUUGGACAUGUUAAUAUCUUUCGUCUCUUCUUUAUUCGCCUUCGAAAAUGUUAAUUCUUUCCGAGCGACUCUACUUAAUCUACCAACGAGAGAGGAGAGAACCAAAAAGAUCAAUGAUUUAAUUGAAUCGAAAACUGGAAUUACAAUCGAUCCAAGUUUACUCACUUACGCAGCUAAUCAAUAUUUCAGAAAAAUGAAGAUGAUGUACUACUACAAGACCAAGAGGAAGCUCGCGGGAAAUGUCACCGUUUACAAAGCGACGGAAGGAUAUGGAAAAGCCUUUAAAGAGGCUAAUGAACAGGAACUUGGAUUAGCAGAGAUUGUUGAAGGAAACGUAACAAUCCAUCAUUUCUCUGGGGAUCAUCGUAGCUUCUUAUCCGAACACAAGAGAGAAAUUUUUGCAAAGAUUCAAGAUGCUCUUCAUAUCGUUGUUGCUUAAUUGCGACAAAACCACUGCUCAUGUUUUAAAUUUACUUUUAAAUUGUGACUUACAUUCAUUCAAAAAGAUUAACUUUUUCAUAAAUCAAUUUAAAUUUUGUUUGCUUGUUAAUCAUUUUGUGUUUAACUUCGUUCUUUUUAUAACUGUGUUAUUAAGAUUGUUUUAAUUUUUUCAUAUUGAUAAAUUAAAAAAGUAUUAAAACUUAAA